GUGCUGCAUUCUGCCUUUGUUUUCGCUUGGGUAAUCAUCAGAGGAAGCCCUUUUUCUUCUUCUUUUUUUUUUCUUUUCGUCUUUCUUAUCUUUUUUUUUUCCUGCUCUGAUGCAGAAGCCAGGUUUUCUGUGGUCUGUUAGGAUCAAUAGGCUUUAGCGUAGCUGAGGACGACGACAGUUGGUGAAAAGGAAGGAGGAAGACACAAGCGUGAAGGAGCAGCGUUUUUACCUUGCUUUAUAUAUGAAAAGGCCAGAGCUGUUUGUGUGAUCCCGAGCAUAUCUGUCCUUAAUAGCAAGGUAUUUCUUAUUUUCUUCUUCAGAAAGCUUUUCUUUUUAGUUCUUGUUUUUCUGUUGUUAUUGUUGUACCAGCUGAGUCAUCAUGUCUGCUCUGACGCCUCAAAGCGACAUGCCAACCCCCACCACAGACAAGAUCACUCAGGCUGCCAUGGAGACCAUCUAUCUUUGCAAAUUCCGAGUGUCGAUGGAUGGAGAAUGGCUCUGCUUGCGCGAGCUGGACGACAUCUCGCUGACACCCGACCCAGAACCUACCCACGAAGAUCCUAACUAUCUCAUGGCUAAUGAACGCAUGAACCUGAUGAACAUGGCGAAACUGAGUAUAAAGGGGUUGAUUGAAUCAGCACUUAAUCUAGGCAGAACACUGGACUCUGACUAUGCACCUCUUCAGCAGUUCUUCGUUGUGAUGGAGCAUUGCCUUAAACAUGGCCUGAAAGCCAAAAAGACUUUUCUUGGGCAAAAUAAAUCAUUUUGGGGACCACUGGAACUGGUAGAAAAGCUUGUUCCUGAAGCUGCAGAGAUCACAGCAAGUGUUAAGGAUCUCCCAGGGCUGAAGACGCCUGUUGGUAGAGGAAGAGCUUGGCUUCGUCUGGCUCUAAUGCAGAAGAAACUUUCAGAAUACAUGAAAGCCUUGAUAAACAGAAAGGAUCUUCUCAGUGAAUUUUAUGAGCCUAAUGCACUCAUGAUGGAAGAAGAAGGUGCUAUCAUUGCUGGCCUCCUAGUAGGGCUGAAUGUCAUCGAUGCAAACUUUUGCAUGAAGGGUGAAGACCUGGAUUCACAGGUUGGAGUUAUUGAUUUUUCCAUGUAUUUGAAAGAUGGAAACAGCACGAAAGGCAGUGAGGGGGAUGGUCAGAUAACUGCUAUUUUGGACCAGAAGAACUAUGUAGAAGAACUGAAUAGACAUUUAAGUGCGACAGUAAACAACCUACAGGCAAAGGUGGAUGCCUUAGAAAAAUCCAACACUAAACUGACUGAGGAGCUUGCUGUUGCGAACAACAGGAUUAUUACGCUGCAGGAGGAGAUGGAGCGGGUUAAAGAAGAGAGUUCUUACAUCUUGGAGUCCAAUCGUAAGGUCACUAAAGACAGAACUGCAGAUGGACAUGCACUUACUGAGGCACGAAAACAGUUAAAGGAGGAGACUCAGCUGCGGCUGGAUGUGGAGAAAGAGCUGGAGGUGCAGAUUGGGAUGAGACAGGAGAUGGAGUUAGCCAUGAAGAUGCUGGAGAAGGAUGUUUGCGAGAAGCAAGAUGCGCUGGUGGCACUCAGACAGCAACUGGAUGAUCUCAGGGCCCUAAAGCACGAACUGUCUUUUAAGCUGCAGAGUUCAGACAUGGGAGCAAAACAGAAGAGUGAAUUAAACAGCCGUUUGGAAGAAAAAACAAAUCAGAUGGCUGCUACCAUCAAACAGCUUGAACAAAGAUUGCGACAGGCAGAGAAGGACCGUCAGUUGGCUGAGCAGGACAACCGUCUCUUCAAGCAGGAGUUUGGGGACAAAAUCAACAGCCUGCAGCUAGAAGUGGAAGAGCUCUCCAGGCAGCGGAGCCAGCUUGAACUAGAGCUGAAGCGGGAGAGAGACAGAUGGCCACACAGUCACCAAAGUAGCCAAGAAAACAAAAAAAGCUGCCCGAAGAAUUGGUCAAGAGCGGAUGGGAAGCUCAAAAUCCAGGAAGAAAAUGCUAAACAGAAACAGCUACCAAGAGAGGAAAACAGUGUCCUGCCACACAAGUUACAGAGCGGCUUGCAGGAAGAGCAGGACCAGCUGUCAGCACCUGGAAAUGCCCAGCUUUGCCAACUCUGCCAGGAAGAAAGCAGCCGAAGCAAAAAAAAGAACGUCUGCAAGAACUGCGGUGGUAUCUUCUGUGGAGCUUGUUCAGCCAAUGAACUGCCCCUCCCGUCUAGCAUUAACCCCCAGCGUGUCUGCAACCCGUGUCACAAGCAACUCAUCCAGCAGUACUCGACCAGCCCCUUGUAGGAUGCGCCUUGCAGACGGCGGUGACCAAAAAAUUGCUGUAGCUGUUGUUCGUCUCUGAAGUGUUAAAGGGGAAUUUGAGGAGAAGACACUGGCCUGUGUUCUGUGGAGGUCAGAGUGGGAGGCUGCUUUAUAGUGUUUACAGUCUCUUGUGACUAAAAAUGAACAGUCCGAGCCUUCCUAGUUGAAAAAUCUACCUGCUCUCGGACCUCAGCUUGUGCUGGGGAGAACCGCUUCGGGAGUUGCACAUAAAGCAGCCCUAGAGCGUGCCCUGGCAACUUCAGGAAGCAGCGAGACCGGGCAGCCCCAAAAAGAGUCGAGCGUGCAUGUGUCUGCGUGCGCAAGUCGGCAAAGUUCUCUUCCUCAGUUGUGUUGCUUAAAGGCAUGCUGCUGUUACGGUUCACUGAAAGAAAAAUGGGAGCAUUUUUUAAUCCUCGUGUGUGACUGCACUUGAAAUACCAUUUCCCUUUUCCUGCCGCCUUUGACAAUCUGGCUCAACUGUGCUACGUCAGUGCCAGGUCUAAGCAACCCAGAUAGUAUGCCAACAAACACUUGCUACCUAAAGUUGUUUAGUUCAGUCCUCUGGCUGUGGGCUUACUAUGCACGUCAAUAUCAAAAAUCAAAAAAAAAAAAAAGAUAACCCAAACCCCUAAAAGUUCUUCUGUAUUUUAGGGAUUUGGGGUGGGUGGGUGGGUGGGUAGGGUCUUUUUUGAAGCAUGCAUGAUGUGAGAACUGACCUGCACUGAUCUGAUCAUCGCAGCAGUCACGGAAGUGCCUUAAGGCAUCUCUGACCUUCCUAUCAGAGACAUUCACUGUGACUUGACGACCAUAAAGUGGUGGUCAAACCAAAGGGCUGCAACUGUACUUUCUGUCUUGAUGUAGUAACUGGAGGAAUUUGAUUUCCAAGUACUUAGAUGCACAGUACUGAUCACUAACUACACAGAAUGCUUAGGGCCAUGUCUGGGCACGUCUCUCCCUUGUGCAUGUGAAAAAGUGGUUAUAAUAUGUCUGGUAUUUCACUCUAUUUUGUUAGAUUAAGAUGAAGCUGGGAUGAAGUCUGAAUGCUUUACACCUACUAGAAAUUCUAAUCUCAAACACAGUUUAAAGAGGUUUUACAGAUUAUGCUACAUCAUUUUUUGUUGCUGUUAUCUCAAGGAAUUCUGUUUUACUCCAAAGAGUGGUGGCUUCCUCAUAAAGUAUGUAGCAGAUCACAGUUUAUUUGCUCUGUUUUAUAAUGGAAGCCUAUUUCAAUCUUUAAGAUCAUAGAAUGUUUUGUAAUCCAUAAAAAAUAAUUUAUUUAUAUAUAUGAUGUGGCAGUUAGAUUCAUUUGCUGUUGUACAAAUUGUAUUAGGGGGCAGUGGUUUAAUUCCUCAAAAGGGAUUUUCUAGCCAUUAGACUGGCUGGAGCGGCAUUAAAAAGCUUGUCAGAGUUGAGGUGACUUCCUGUAGGUGACGCUGGAGUUGGUACCAGCAGCUAGUUUCUUCUAGUUCCCCGCUGGACUUGACAUUUUCAGCCACCCGAGUUCUCUUCCUCCUCUUACUGCCCUUUAGAGAGGGAGCAUUUCACAGAAGAACUUGUAAUUCUUUUCCAUGUUCUGCCCUCUUUUCCCCUCACGGUGGUAGUCACUGCCUGGAUUUCCUUGCUGCUGUCUCUUAACGUAGACUAGAAAUGGUAGAAAGUUUUAAAAGCCUGCUACUCAAGUGCAGGCAAACACUGCUUUGAAGGGGUGUGAUACCAUGGGUGAAGGGAGAAGAUGCUGAAUUUAUUGGUAACAAAUAUUAACUUUGUGUACAUAUUGUACACAUUUAGGGGGAUUUUAAAUUCCUGCAUCUGAAAACCAAUGUGACUUCUCUCCCAAAGAAAUUCCGAUCCAAGCAAUUUCAGUGUUGGAAGAUUAAACUGGAAACCCAGCACUUACUGUAAAUAAUUUUAAUGCUGGUAUGUGCAUGCAACUUUGCAGCUUUGAAGCAACAGCUUGUUAGUGACCUGUAUGCUGCUUCCAACUGUCCCGAAAGGAGCAACCGCUGCUCUGCUUGCUUGAGGUGAAGGCCGUGACUGUCUUCAUUUAAUAAAGCAGGACAGUUCCUCAGCAGGUCCUUUUGAGUUACAUGAGAUCUCUAUAAACGAGCAGCCCUUCAGGGAGGUACCUGAAGAUCCUUUAAAAUACAGCCCUGGCUGCUGUAAUAGUACUUGACAUUUAGAAAGGUCAGAGUGAGACGCGUGUUUGCUGCCAACUGUCUGUGUCAGCACUUGCCUCUUUCCUGUUACAGCAGAUGUCAGUGAACAUCUCUAUUUUCAAGUAAGUACUGGAUAUUACGCUUUGUGAUGCCACAAAUGUGCAAGGUGUGUUUGCUCAGGUACUGCUUGUGAUGCUAGAUUUUGGAGUCACACCUGGAAUGCUUGGACUGGGGAGAGCGGAAGGCAGUUUUCUUGUGUUAAUUUUGUUCCACACACAAUAAAAUUUCUCAUCUGUA